AUGUUCGCUGGAAAGCAAAGCAUAUCCAGGGGCUUUCGUGCACAUGGAUGCAAAACGGAUUUUCUGGAGUUCUCGGAGCGCCCAGAAGAUGAUUUGCUCACAGUGCAGGGGCUCUGCCGUGCCACCCUUGGCGUGCUUCGAUUGGUGGUGGAAGGGCUGGCAUUCGCAGGAUUGCCAUGUGGUAGCUUUGUAUACUUAAACAGAUCAAGUAGCAAGAGAUCACGCAAAAGACCCCUUGGAAGCCAGAGACGGCUAUAUGUGAAACAAGCCAAUACGUUAGGAGCACGACUGAUGAUGUUGAUGCUCUUGACUACGUUGAGAUCAGCAUUUUGGGAAACGGAGCAGCCAGGCUCCAGCUUGUUUAUCUGGUUCCCUUAUCUGCGCUUCUUGGCGAGGCUGUUUAAACACGAAGUUCCCAUCCGGGUUGAACGUUUUUGGAUGGCCUGGUUUGGAUCUCGCACACCCAAGCCAAGCUUGGUUGUGGGGACAUCGCCAUGGGCUGGCAAGUUGUACCGAAAGCUUGGAAAGGAAGAUAGCUGUGGCGAGCUGCAAGCCAGUGUGAAGUACCUGAGCGCCCAUUCCAUCCAGCAGGGUGGGAAAAAAGCAAAAGCUCCGUUCCAAUGGAAGCAUGCGGACCUUGAGCCUGUUCGAAAAUUUCUCCAAGAACAAAUUGACUUGGGGAAGUAUGAGCCUGCUUUUCCUUUCAAAUAG